AUGCCGACCCAUUCUCCCCUCCCCUCAUUCCACAAUACGCCGACGCACUCUCCCCGCUCGGCCUCUCCGACCUUUUUCGGCUCUCCUCCCUCGUCCGCCGUCGCCGAAAAGGUCGCUCUCUCCUACCAGCGGGCACGAGCAGCGUCUGGCGGACCCUUCCGACGGUUCGGCGACCUCUUCCAAGCCUUGCGGAUACCGCUCGGCAAAGCGCAGAACGGUUCUCGGCGGGAACUGAGCGUGCCAGUCCUCAAGAUCCUGCACCCGUCUCGACCGCUUCCGUUCGCUUCGUCCUCCUCGACACUGCGAGGGGACAAGUACAAGCGCUCGCCAGCGAUCGGGCGGAUCGCCGACUCUCGACCAGGCCUCGGCUCGCUCGUCCGCGUCCUCCUCGCCCUCAUCGGCACCCUCCUCUUCCUCCUCGUCUCCGCCCUCUCGUCCAUCAAACUCGUCGGAUCGAUCUUGCGAAUCGGGCGAAACCACAACUACAACCUGCCCUUCACGGACCCGUCGACGCUGGUCUUUACGCCCGCCGAGAUCGAGCGAGUCUGGCGAUGGGAGAUCGCGUCGGGGCACUAUCCCUCUCGGCGCAGUACGCCCGGCGUGUCGUUCGAUGUCCCAGGAGGAGGAGGGGGCGAAGCAGCUGCUGUUGCGCCCGUCGUGCGGAUUGAGAACCCAGGCUUGCCGAAGCGGACGGAGGAGGACUUGCGGCGCGAGAGGGAGGUCAAGGCCGAAGUGCAGCGGCGGUUGCGCGAUCAGGCUGGGAUUGGCGCAGGAGUGGGAGCGGACUCGAUCCUCGCGCUCGACAAGAAGGACAAGGUCGAGGUUGUGCCGGUCGGGCCGACGAGGGAAUACGUCGACAUCCCGCUCAAGGGCGGCCGACAAGCGCAGGCGUAUCCUCCGCGACCACUCGAGCGAGCGGCGAUCGACCUCGACGCCGUGAUGGACCACUGCGACUUUGCGGAGAGCAAAUACGUCCGCGACUGCCUCGAGGUCUUGCGCAUCAACGGCGGACUCGAGGCGCCCCUCCGACGUGGCUUGCACGACUCGUGGCGGACGACGUUUGUGCCGACGAUUGGAUCGAGCGCGUCGGCGAGCGCGCCGAGCGACAGGAUGCGCGAUACGCUCGAGCGCUACAGGGGCGACAUGAGCCAGGUCCUCAAUGCCUCGUCUUCGGCUUUCGCCUCGCUCGUCACGGCACGACAACAACUCACGGUGUCGACCCAGAUGAACCCGUUCAUGUCGCGGAAACACUCGCCCGUUUACACUCCUCACCCGUCGCACCCGAGCGCCGACCCAGCUUGCGACCCCGACUACCCGCGCCUGUUCCACAUCUUCUGGGCCGGACCCUUCACCGACAAGCCCUACUCUGCCGCGCUCUCGUUCCUCUACACCCAGCGACUGGCGCUCGACUCGCCCAUCGGCUCCGAUCCAACGCACGAAGACCCCUCCCUCUGCCGCCCUCAACUCUGGAUCUGGAUCAACCCGGGCCCCGCAUCGUCCUUCCCCGACCCGCGCGCCGAACGCCGUAUGCGCGCAGACCUCGCCAAGAACCCGUGGUCUGCGCCUUUGCUGCAUAGCCGGUUCAAGGACGUUGUCAAGUUCCGCUUGUGGAACACGACUGAGCAGCUGGACGGCGUGAGCGAGAUGAAGGGGUGGAGGAACAUGCGGUUGUUCAAUUCGGGAGGCGUCAAGUAUGGCAGUGCGGGGAUGGCGAAGGACGCCGAGGUGGCGGUUGCGAAGCGGGCAGAGUCGGGGGAUGGUGAAGUCGCGGACGACCAGGAUGGCGCCGUGCACGACCAGAAGAUCGCCGCCCCCUUGCCGACCAAGGCCAAGGACGAGCUGUUCGAGCGCGUCGGCUCCUCCGCCAACAAGUACGACCGCCUCUCGGUCGUCCUGUCCGACAUGGCCCGCUUCGUCCUCACGCACCGCUUCGGCGGCGUCUACCUCGACGCCGACACGAUCCUCCUCCGCGACUGGACCGAACUGUGGAACUGGCAUGGCGCGUUCGCGUACCGCUGGUCCCGCCUCGAGAAGUACAACACGGCCGUCCUCAAGAUGCAGCGCGGGUCGGCGAUCGGACACUUUAUCUUCCGCACCGCUGUCGCCAACGGCCUCGACUUUCACCCGAUGACCGUCAGCCGGUACACGAAGGAUGCGAACCUCGAAGGCCUGCUCCUUCGCUUGCCGGACGCGCUCUUUGACCCUGCCUGGCUCAACACCGAAUACUACCAGCGCGACCGCCCGCCUCAGCCGUACUUCAAGCGCUUCGAGGACUUUUUUGAUACGCCAAAGGACAUUGGCGCAGCGCCCGUCGCGACUGGCUUUGACGGCUUCUUCAAGGGUGCCUUUUCGUACCACUUCCAUAACUUCUGGUGGAUCCCCUUCGACCCGUCCCGCAACUUCCCCGACCUCGGCCCGCGCUUCCAGUCUGGGGAGCGCACCGCUCGAGGACGGUUGCUCGCCGCCAAGCUCGCCUCGCAGCCCGCCGGCAACGAUGCGACGACUGCGACCGGCUCUUCCGGCGGCCCGUCGCCCACGAAGCCUGGCGAGACUCGCGGCCUUCCCUCUCCCCCAACGCAGAUUGCGCGACGAGAAGGGUACAAGUGGGGCGACGACGAGCGCGACUUUGCCGAGCUCGACUGGAGCGACGAGCGCGUCGAGGAGGACGAGCGGGACCUCAGCUGGGCGGCGGUGCUCAAGCGCACGUUCGAGGCGUACGUGCGUGGCGAGCGGCCGAACUUGUACGGCGAGUGGAUCAACUGGGACGAGGCGGGAGCGGACGAGUACUGA